AUGGCUGAUUUCUUGAAAAACGUCUUUGGCGGCGGCAAGGCCAAUGAGCCUGCUGUCAAGCCCAAGGCUGAUCCGGACUUUGCCGAAUUUGCAGGGGCUCCUGAUCCUGUUGCCGAGCCUGUCCCUGCCGCGACGAUAGGAGGCCCUGGUGCCGCGGCCACGUCGAGGCCGUACACGAAGUGGUACAAUGUCCAUGAGCGCCACUCACUGUCCGAGUUCAAGGCGGAGGGCGUCAUCCUCGCCAUCUCGGCCUUGAUCUUCCUCUUUCAUAUGAUCGGUGCGCGAGCCAACCGCUCCAAGGCCAGGUCUUGGAUCAGAGCCAAUGCCUCCAUUCUGAGGAAGGAGUUCGCCCUCGUCGGCUUCGGCGCCGUGCCCACCAUGGAUAAUGAGCAUAUCAAGCCCGAUUCCCUCCUCAAGGAGAAGUCACUCUUCGAGUUCGCCACGUACGCUUCGGGACGACAGAACACGGCCUUUGUUGACGUCAAGCUCACUCUGACCAAAAAGUUCAACCCCAUCAUGAACCUCGCCGAGACGGCCGCCUCCUUCUUCAGCGACGUCUUCACCGCGCCCGGCGAUGUCAUGGAAGCGUUCCUUUACCCCUUUGACGGCAAGGAGAGCUUGACUAUCCCCUCUCUUCCUGGUUCUGAGGAAGCUCGUGCCAAGGACGCCAAGAGCAAUUAUGAUGGAUUCGUCUGGGCCCUGGUCAAUAAGGAGAGCAUGAAGCGUCUCCGCGAGGACCGAUACGAUGUCACUCUCACUGCCACCAAGGAGAGCCCCAAGCUGCCCAACUGGCUGACGAUCAUGAGCGAGAGCGCCGAAGUCACCGACACCUUGCUUACCCAGGACCUCAUUGACGCCGUCGUGGCCGCUGGUGACAAGUUCGAGUACCUCAUUGUAUCUGACCAGCCUGUCGACAAACCCGUCAAGCUGGAUGACGCUGCCCCUCGCAAGCGCAUCUUCCUCAAGUAUCGCCUCCCCUCCGACAACAAAUACGACAACCUGCUGCCCAUCUUUUCGCACUUUCUCCGCCUGCCCGACUUUCUUGUCCAGAAUGGCCGUUUCCGCCCCGAGGUACUGAAGAAGGUCCGUGCUACUCGCGAAGCCAUGAUCUCCCAUAUCAAGAAGGCUGCCGAGGAGGAGAAGAGCGAGGAGCGUCAGUUCGAGAAGGAAAAGGCCAAGAAGGCCAAGCGUGACGCCGAACUGAAGGGUCUAGACGCCAAAGCUCAGAAGAAGUAUCUUGAAAAGGAGAAGGAAAAGGAGCUUCGAAGAAGCCAGAAGAAAAUGACCAUGCGGGGAUAA